AGAGACACAGGACAACCGGAUGCUCCCGACUGUAAAGGACAACAGUGGCAGCCACGGCUCUCCCAUCAGUGGCAAGCUGGAAGGCAUCUACUUCAGCUGCAACACGGAGUUCAACACAGGCAAGCCCCCCCAGGACUCCCCCUACGGAUGCUACCGCUUCCAGAUCCAGGCCCAGGUCCUGUUCAACCCCAAGACCAACCUGUACUUCGGGGACUUCUACUGCAUGUACACAGCCUACCACUACGUGAUCCUGGUGCUGGCCCCAGAGGGCUCCCCAGGGGACCGAUUCUGUAAGGGCCGCCUCCCGGCGCUGGACAUCUUCGACAACUGCUUCCUGACAUGCACCCAGGAGGAGAAGGGGGGGCUGGUGUUCCACCACGCCCAGGAUGUGAUUCUGGAGGUGAUUUACACCGAGCCCGUGGACCUGGCCCUAGGCAGCGUGGAGGAGAUCCAAGGACACCAGCUCAGUAGCAUGUCCACCAUCAAUGCUAAGAAGGACCCCAGUUGCAAGACCUGCAACAUCAGCGUGGGACGAUAACCAGCAAACUGUGGGGGGGGAAGGGGGCGUUACUACGAGGUCCCUGCAGUUCUACGGAUAAUAAUACUUCUCUAACCCUAUUGGCUGUGGUGAUUCUCUAAUCCUAUUGGCUGUGGUGAUUCUCUAACCCUAUUGGCUGUGGUGAUUCUCUAACCCUAUUGGCUGUGGUGAUUCUCUAACCCUAUUGGCUGUGGUGAUUCUCUAACCCUACUGGCUGUGGUGAUUCUCUAACCCUACUGGCUGUGAUGAUUCUCUAACCCUGUUGGCUGUGGUGAUUCUCUAACCCUACUGGCUGUGGUGACUCUC